GCCCACCAACGUCGGGGCUCGUGGGGGUGCUACCGUACAAAUGCGUGCCCCGUAGUACCGUACAAAUAAAAUGCACGCGACGGCGCACCGGUGACUUCCUUCCGCCGUGCCACCCACCCUCCUCUCGCGGUCGCGGGGGUAGGGCCGGGUGAGCACGAGCGCUGCCCGCUCGCUGAACCAUGGCGGGCUCCGCGGUGGCCGUCGUCCUCCUGUCGGCCGUCGCGCUGCUCUGCCUGUACCACCUCCUUUUCCUCUCCCUGUCCGUCCCGGACCCGGCAGCAGCAGCAGCCGUCCCCCGCCGCGCCGGUGGCCACCAUGGCAGCAACGUUCCGUCCGGGUCAGGAACCGCCAACGUCGUCCUCCGCUUCGGCCUGUCCGGGCAGCCGCUCCGCCUCCACGACCCCGCCUCCGCCGCCGGCCUCCCGGACAUCGACACCUUCCGCGGCAAGCUCGAGCGGCUGCUUCCUCCCGACGACCACGACCCCGGCUGGUCCCGCCGCUUCGACGCCGAGCUCGGCCCCGUGCACCGGUACUUCGGCCCGGACGCGCCGCUGGACGUGCGGCAGCGGAUCGCGUACCUGUUCGCGAUCCUCGACCGGUCGCCCAGGGGCGUCGGCGUCGGCGUCGGCGUCGGCGAGCUGGAGGCCUGGCUGCGCUGGCAGGCCGCCGCCCGGCUGGACGCCGUCACGCGGAGGGAGAUGGCUCCGCACGACACGGACCGCGACGGUGCCGUCACGCUGCGCGAGUUCUUCGCAGACUGGAUCAACAUGGGACAUGACAAAAUGGGGUGGUGGAUGCACAAGUUUGCGAGCGCGGACAGAGACGGGGAUGGCUCGCUCAACGCCGUCGAAUUCAACGACUUCCUGCAUCCUGAAGACAGCAGCCAAGAGAGCGUGAUGCUGUGGCUACUCAAGGACAAGCUAAGCGAGAUGGACCAUGACGGAGACGGCAGGCUAAGCCAGGAGGAGUUCGUCGCUCAAUCUCACAUCAUCAUCUCCGGCGCGCGUCACGCCGACGACGGUGGCCAUGCCCAUGACCUUGAGCGUGCCGAAGCUGCGAAGAAGUUCACAGAACUGGACGCCGACAAGGACAACUACUUGACGGUGGAAGAAGCGCGCUGCGUACUGCAGAGCCUCGUCACGGGGGAGUUCUCCUAUGCUACCUCACAUGCCAAGUUCUUGAUGAAGGCUGAUGUGAACCAUGACGGCAAACUGUCGCUGGAGGAGAUGCUAGACGACUACAUAUCCUUCUACAGCACCGUGUAUAUGGAUGAUCAUUACGCCAGUGAAGGUGAAGUAGAUAGUGAUUCCCGCGACGAGCUAUGAGCGGUUAAGCCAGGACAGGACAGCAAGUCGGAGGUUCUUUACUUUCAAAUACACUAGGAUUUUGCAGCCAAAGGAAAUGGGAAAUGUACAAUCAGCUGCAAACAUCAAUUUUGUUCAUCGAGACCAGCUGCCUAUCUAUUCUACAGUUUCUUUAUAUAAAAAAAGCUAAACAUAUAACAUAA